UCCAAGCAGUACGGCGCUGGGUUCGCUGGAUCAAUUGAAGGAGUACCUGACAACAGCGGGAACUUGCAAAUGCGGUCUUGAGUGUCCAUUAAGGCCUGAGCAGGUCUUCAACUUUGACCCCAAGGUGGCGACACGACCUUGGAGCCCAAAUCAGGGCAAAGUUCAAGAGAUGACAAAACUCUGUAAUCACAAGAGGAAACUUCUAAUGCCCGCAACAGCAGCGAGUCCUGUUGCAUCGACAACCCCUAUUGUUUCAUCAUCGACGGCGCCAGCUGGACCUGUGAUUCCUAAUGUUCACGCUACCGACGAUGCUCCAACUUCAACAGAUAAAACGAAAUCAGAUGGCUUUAGCAAGAAAAAGAAGAGGAAACUGGGAAAUAUGGGACCACUUUAUCCAGGAGGUCCUGUACGUUUCCGUAACGUAAAUUUGGACCAGUCAACACCAAGUUCUGGCGAUGAAUUCGCAGAGAAACCUGGCUCACAAAUUGGUUCUACAGUUAACACCACUGGACCAUCGUUUCUCGACGAUCCCAGUGGCUAUCUAGCUCAGCAAACAGCUCUUCUAAACAGCACAAUAUCACGACAAACGGGCGUCAGUAGCUCACAGGUCACGGUACACAAUUCAAAAUUACCACAAACAACAUCAAAUUCUCAUGUACCGACAAAUGUUUAUCUUCCACAACCAAAGCCUUCCUCAAUCACUAGUCCCACCAGUUCGCGAUGCUGCGACAUGUACGACAACAAUAAUUACUCAUCCCGAGUAUACAAAAAUAAUCCAACAUCACCCGUUGUCGUUCACAGCAGUAUGACCCCAAAUUCAGGUAGCAAUACCAGUGAUUCCGAUUCAUCGCAACGUUGCGUAUCGAGUGGCGAUACGCAGGACCUUUACAAAUAUCAAAAUCGUCAGUACAUGUUACAUUCCGAUCAAUGCGAAGAUCCGAUCUCUUCAACUUUUAGUGAGAGAUUCUCCGAUUCGAGGCCAAUUCAAGGGGGAACCAUUAGUACAAGCCACGGAUCACCGAUUGGUACAAACAGUCCUGAAACUCCUACUUCUCUAACCUCUUGUAUUUCACAACCUGCAACACCGCAGAGUCUCAUUUCCUCCCAACCAUCAACUCCUCGCAGUUAUUCCCAACCUCCCACGCCUCACUCUCUAUCUGCUGGCCAAUCUUUAACCCCGCAAUUGACUCCCCAAUCUGUACCGCCUCAAUCUUUGACACCUCAAUUGAAUCAAUUAGCACCUCAAUUGAAUCAGUUAACACCUCAAUUGAAUUCUCAGUUGAAUUCUCAAAUUCCACCUCAAUCCGUAUCCUCUACUCCACAAUCUUUACCUCCUCAGUCAUUACCUCAAGGACAACAGCCAUCUCAGUCUUCGAUUUGCACCUCCGAAAAUCGUUCGGCAACGCCCUGUCAAAUGACAAACGAAAUGUACCAAUCUUCCAAUUACACUUCCGUCUCGGAAGUCUCAAAGAAACAAUCGAGGCAUUCUCUCGAAGGCUAUCAACCACAUCCUCACACUUUAAAUCCAGGAACGAGAUUGCCAAUAAACUACAAUGCCUCGUCGGUUAUUACAACAAUGGCAAGCGGACAUACUGUUAGCAGUAAUACCAUCACUUCUGUCCUAGCUGGCAGAGCCAACACAGCUACCGUUUCCGUAAAUACACCAUCUGGAAUUCCAAAUCCCGCGAUACCGAAUAUCCUCUCCGGCAAGACUUCGCAAGCCACUCAACAAUCCGUCAAUGUGCCAUAUACGUCAGCGGCUCUUUAUCAUCAGAACUCAAUUCCAAUUGUCCAUAGUCAGCCACCAAUGACCGUUUCCAAAUCUCCUUUGGAAAUGGUUCAGAGCGUCGUUAGCAGUAUUCAGGUUCCUCAAGCGAGUCCGUCUUUGCAACAAAGUCAGAAUCAAAAUCAUCAUCAUCAGCAGCAGAAUCAUCAGCAACAAAACCAACAUCAGCAUCAGCAGCAGCAUCAGCAACAGAACCAACAUCAGCAGAAUCAACACCAUCAGCAGAACGUUCAGGUUCAUAAUGUAUUAACAUCCGGAGGGAUUUUAAAACACUCAGUAGGCUCAACCCUACCACCGGGUCAUAUUUUAGUAUCGAGCGGAGGACAACUAAUAAUGGCUAGCAAUGGUUCUGGAAUUGGUGGCGUUAUGGCGCCACCACCACCGAAAAUAAUAUCCAAUUCAAGUGCCAUGCCUCCAUUAUCGGUGUCGCCAAUGGUUACCAAUGUCACCGGCGCUGUUAGUCAAGUGAUACCAGCCGUUGCCCAACAAGUAAUUGGCCAACCAACCGUUCUUGUCAAUACAACAAUUCAAACACCAGUUCUCAUACAACCCGGCGUUAUGACAAUGGACGGUAUCAAUCAAAAUGUACAAAUUCCCCACUUAGCCGUUGCCACCGGUAAUGUUCUUCAAAAUGCCCAAUCAAUUAUUGAUGCAAAUCAAGAAGUCACAAGGAAUGUAAAUCGACAAAAUUCCCUCCUCUCACCCGAAUCAGUAACUAAGAAAAAAUCCUACAAAAAACGUAAAAGUAAUUCCCAAACAGUUGCAUCAAUGUUACACAUUGCAUCAUCUCAACAAAAUACAGGUAUGCUGAUGCAAUCGCAAUCAAAUUUUGCCCAACAAAAUUUCCAAACACAAAGUCUUGGUGGACCAAUGCUACAGGCGUUGACUAUCGUACCUGGUAAAGGUGGAGCACCCGCUCAGCUAGUCAUGAAUGGACAAACUGGUGCAACUUCACAAUUCAAUACCCAACAAAUAAUCACCAAUCCACAACCAACGCAACAAAUUAAUCUCCUUCAACCAGUUAAUUUACUCAAUGGUACAACAGGAAUGGUACAAAAUUUCCCGACAAUUCAACAGUACAUUGUUCCUGGUUUAGGAAGCAUGGUCAUGUCUGCCGAUGGUACUGCAACACUUCUACAAGACCAAAACAUGGGAAUGCAAUUACAAAUACAAAAUGUAAAUGGACAAAAUGUCCUCACACCAGUACAGAGUCACAGUGGAAUAUUUAGUCCAAGUCAAAGUAUCCUUGCUGCUGGACCAGCGGGUAUGGUGAUAAGAGCAGGACAAGCAGGUGGUAAAAUUAUACAACAACAUAGUCCCGGUGCACAAUUUCUCUCGCCAAAUAGUGGACAAUUUCUCGUUAAUGGAACAACUUCAUUCAAUAAUCAAUUGAGUCCAAUUUUAGCGAAUGUUAAUCCAAAUCAACAGGUAACAUUCAACACUGCACAAGUGCGUCCACAAAAUAUUCCAAGUCAACAGAAAUUUAUACAAAUGAACGGACAAACCCUGAUGGUACCAUGUGGUACAACGCAAAAUAUUGCCGUGUCAUCGGCACCAAAUCAACAGAAUACAACAUUCGUUCAACAGAAUACAACAAUUGUUCAACAACAAACAACAAUGGUGUCCAAUAAUCAAAUACCUAAUUUUCAAUCAACAGCAACGAAUAAUGGAGCGAGCAUUGAUCAAACAAUGAAUUUGGAUCAUAAUCAAUAUAUUUUGAGUGCGGGAAUGAUUCAAGGGAAAUCACCAUCGCCAAAGAGUACUGUUAAUUCACCAACAUCGGAUCAAGGACUGGAGCAACAGCAACAAUUUGUUCUUGCCAGUAGUAGUACGACAGUUUUGGAAAAAGCAGGACAAGGUCAACUUUGUCCACUGAUGGCAAGGCACUCGGUUUCAACGCAAACGGCUGGCAAUCAGGCGAAUGUUGCACAAUCAGCGAUGAUGAGACAGGGAUCACCUCCCGAUACAACGACACACAGUCCAGGGAAUAGUCAAAGAUCCAACAGUCCUGCUGUGGAUACCACUACCCAUGGUGCUGCUUCGCCUGCACCACCGAUCAACACCAGAAAUCAAUCUUAUUCUACGCCAAUGGUACAUUGUGUAUCGAGCAGUGAGCCAGAUUCCGGUGACGGGACAAUGAUGACUGACGAGUGGCGUAUUCAAGGGUCAAAGGAAAUUCGACUAAAUCAAAGUGGUGGCCAUCAUCAGAGAAAGACAUACGUCGAAUCAACAGUGACAACUGGGAUCCAGAUCUAUACGAAGCAAGCCGAAGGUGCAGUGAGCACAAUGAGGUGCGAGGGUAAGGAUACCCUCGGCAGGGGAAUCAAGCGAAAAUUGGACUCCAUCCACUCAAUGCAUUCUACUCUGCAUGAAGACCAAGAUGUACCCUCCAAGGAUGAGGGAGAUGCCGCGAAGCCGUGGAAACUUGAAGUCGGUGAAGUGGUUUGGGGUGCAGCUCGGGGAAGUACAGCCUGGCCGGGAAAGGUUGAAUCAUUAGGAGCACCAGGAAGUCUAAUCGUUUGGGUUCGUUGGUACGGGGGCGGGGGCAAUGGCAACAAUCUCAGUCAGGUCGAUGUCAAGACACUGAAAUCCCUCUCUGAUGGCCUAGAAGCGCAUCAUCGCGCACGAAAAAAAUUUCGAAAAAGUCGUAAACUGAAUAUGCAAUUGGAAAACGCCAUCCAAGAGGCAAUGGCAGAACUGGACAAGGCAAGCGAGUCUCGGACAAUUUCGAGACAAGAAGAGAAGAUCAAAAUGGUGAAUAGCAACGGACAAGGUUCUAAAGGGUCCAAAGCAAUCCCUUUAAUAACAACCUCGUCCAAAGUCGAGGCAAGGAGGACGAAGAAAUCCGCAGAAAACUCCACAAAAUCAGAAAAGAAACAAUACCGGUGACCUUCAAAAAAAAAAAAAAAAAAAAUUGUAACCCGGUGAUGACGCGUCCAAGACGUGACUGAUAGAUUUAUAUAAUUAUAAUACCUAUUGUUUUAUUUUCUCUAAUUAUUGUCAUUCAAAUCGUUAUCAUCGUCAUUAUCGAUCUCAUUUUUCUUUUUCUUUCUUUUUUUUCUCAUAUUUUAUUUGUAACUACGACACAUCUUGUAUAUAAUUAGGCCUAAUAUGAUGUAAAGGAGAGAAUUCCAUUUCCCCCCCCCAAAAAAAAAAUGGAAACAAUACUCACGAAAAAUUGUUAAUUAAAAUCGUCGACAAAUGUCAAUAAUUUUUUUUUUUUUGCUUUGAAAAAAAAAUUUCCUUUGAAAAAAAAAAUCUCGAUUAAAAAAUUUUUUAUAGAAUAAAAUAUACAAUUAGAAUAAUAAUAAUAAUAAUAAUAUAGUAAUAGAGUGUUAAUUAAAAUUUUUCUUGGAGAAAAAAAAUUGUGGUAAUUAAAAAAUCGGAGAUUAUUUUUCAAAUGAAAUAUUGCGAGCAAUAUUUGCAAGUUAUUAACAUUUAUUGACGAAUUUAAUUUUGAUUAGAGAUAGGGAGAGGGAGGGGUUUUUAUUGUUGUAUCAUUGUCAUGAAUUGUAAGAUAAUAUAAUAAUACUUCGGUGGGAAAAAUGAUUGUUAAAACUCAAUUUUUUUUUCAGUAAUUUUUUUUUUGAUUUUCAAAAUUUCAACGAUCUGCUUAGAGUUCAAAAAUAUUACUAAACUUUUGAAUUAAAUUAAAUUCUACAAAAAAAAGAAUCAAUUUUACAAAAAAGAAUUUAAAUUUCCGAUGUUGGAAAUUAAAAUCGCUUAGAAGCAUUAAUUAAAUAUAUUUUAACUGUUUUUGUUUAAAUACUGAAAUUAAGAACUCAAGAAAAUGAAUCUGCAGGUCUUUCAAAUUUGAUAAUCAAAAAAUAAUUCCGAAAAAUAUACAUAUAAACGGGCAAUUCAAAAAUAAUAUAUAUAUAUAUAUAUGCAGAUAAUUAAGUUCCUAGAUUUUGUAAAAUUCAAAAAAAAAAAAAUGUCAAAUGAUUCCUCGCCAAGUAUCAAAGUUGUAACGGGUUGUAUAUAUAUUUUUGAAUAAUUGUAAAAUUAUACGCUAUUUCGUUGAUAAAGAAACGAUUUCAAGUAGCAAAUUUAUAUAGUGAUGUACAUAUUUUAGCAAUUUUAAUCAGAACAUUAAAACAGAUUUUUAAAGUGAUUUGCUACAACAAAAAAUUCAAAAUGAAAGUGUAUCGCACCAAAAGAAAUUUAAUUGCGUUUUUUUUUUUUUUUUUUUUUUUUUUUUUUGUUCAAAGCUGUAUUAAAAAAACAGAUAUCAAUUUUAUAACGUGACUAUAAAAAAAAAUCGGUUCUACUACAGUAAAUCGGUAUUAAUAAUAAUAAAAAAAAAAAAGAUUUUAAAAGUGAUUUUAUAAAAUGAUUUUAUCGUAAAAUAAUUUUAUGGAAAAACAAAUUUUUAUUUAAUAACUAUUUUAUUGUAAAUUUUAUUUUAUUGUGAAACGAUUGAAAAGAUUCUCGUAUUUAAAUAUUGAAUGAAAGAAUUUAUAAGAAAAUUCUGAUUAUAUUUAAAAUCUCGAGAUUCGCUAUAUACAUAUCUUUAUAUUGCCGAUAUUAAAAUCUGUGGAAUUUUCAAUACAGCUUUGUACGCAUAAUAAUGUAAUUUAAAUAUUACGUGCGCUUAAAUCGUAUUAACCUCUAUUAAAUAGAGAGAUUUGUAUUACACACACACACACACUUUUAAUAGGAAUAUUUUUUUAUGAUCAAAGUAAUUCUUGUAAUGUACAAAUUUCCAAUAAUUGUCCACUCAAAAUAUAAGAUAAAACUCUACUCAAAAUAUUGAUAUUAUUGGAAAUUUUUUCUAAACGAGAAACGUAGUUUACAACGUCCACUCAAGCAAACAAAAAAAAAAAUCGUCUCCUGAAAAUUUCACAAAGUAUUUGAAAUUUCUCUUUUUUCAAAGUUUAUGAGAAUAUAAGUGGCUUUUUUUAAAAAAAAAAAUAUUUAAUGUUGUAAUAGAAUUCAUUGAUUUGAAAGUUUCAUCUCGAGAAUUAAAAAAUAAAAAUGUGUCACUAAGGUAAUCUUGUAAAAAUCCGAUGUCAAAAAAAAAAAAAAUCAGCUUUAAGAAUUAUGAAUUUCAAAAAUUAAAAUGAAAUUUAUAAUUAGAUGGAGUGGAAUUCGAGAAGACUGUGACUUUUAAUCAAAAAGAAAAAAAAGUAUUUUGGUACUGCAAACACUUUGAAUAGUUUUGUAACAGUAAAGUUUUAUACAAACUUUCUUAAAGGAAGGUCAAUGCUAAUUUGCGAGACUCUGAAUCCAAGUUCAUAAUAAUAUUUUUACAAUUUUACCAAAGCAGUGCAAGAGUAAUUUAACAAGAAAAAAAAAAAAGAAAAAAAAGAAAGAGAUUCAACAUUUCACUGAAUCAGUUUCUCGAUUUUUAAUCCCUGUAAGUUUUAUACCACAUUUUACGAUGUUUUACCAUAUUAGCAGUAAAAUAAUAAUAAUAAUAAUAAUAAUAAUAAUGGAAAAGAAAAAACAAUGCAUGAGCAAAAAUAGUUCAAAAUAGCAUAAAUAACAAAAUAUCGAAUCAAUACCGAUUUUCAAAAUACAAAUUUUAUGUACUUUCAAUUUUUUUCGAAAUCUUAAAAAAAACCGAACAAAUUUCAAAUUAUAGAAAAUAAUUUAAUUACAAAGAGACACACGAAUAUUGCCGAAAUUCUGCUUGACUCUCUUAUAUGCCAGAAAAGAAUAAUUUUGAUUAAUUUAAAAAAAAAUUGUGUCGAAAAGAUAUUUUGAGGAAUAUUUCUUGUAACUCUUUUUUUUAGAGUCAAGAGGAAAUGACAAUAAGCGAAAUAAAAGUAUCAAAAUCGAAUAUAAUUCGUAAAUUCGCUAAAAAUAUUUCUGAAGUUUUAAACGUUUUUAGUAAAUUAAAUUUUUAUAAAUUAAUUGAUUUUUUAUUUAAAAAUUAGUUUUUAGUCUUUCUUUUUAAAAUAUAAAUAUUUUUAAAUUACCUAAAUUUUUAAUUUUAAUUUGAUUUCAAAUUUCUUUAAAAAGAAAAUAUUUUUUUGGAAAAAAAAAAUAUUGUUUUAUGCACCAAACAUUUUAAACUUCAUGAAUAAAGAAAAAACUCGAAUUGGUAGGAAAUUUGUAAUUUGUAUUUCGACGUACGGGUUUUUGAAGAUUAUUUCUUAGUUGUUGUAAAUACGAUGAUAAUCAAUGUAUGGGCCCUAAACUUAUGAUAACAAGUAGUCAUCAUCGGUACUAUAUCAAAAUGAAUCAAAAGCUACGACCUAACACAAUAUUUUUCCUAUUGGCGUUUGACGUUCGUUCACAACCAUCUGAUUCUUCUCAUUAACUUCCUCCCCCCCCUCCCCAAAUAUUUCAAAAAAAAAAAAAAAAAAAAAAAAAAAAAAAAUCAACGCGUUUUUCAAAUAUAUAACUCAACAUAUCCAAUUGUGAAUUGUAUAAAGAAAAAACAAAUUUAAUGGAAUUUUUAUUGAGACUUUUUCGAAGGGACAUAAUAUAUAAUCAAAAAUCUUUUUUCAAAAGGAUUUGAAUCAAAAUUAGUCAAAGUGAUAAGAAAAUUAAUUAAAGAAGCCAAUAAUUAAAAGGAUGUUAGAAUUUAAGAAUAAAUAAAGAAAAUAGAAAAAAAAAGUAAUAAUAGAAAAAGUAAAUGGAAAAUUAAAUUAUUAAAUAACGAUUAUCAGGAAAAGGAAAUUGAUUUUAAUAUAAACAUUUUGAAAAUUUUAUUCAGCAUAGAGAAUAUUAAAAUCUUUGGAACCAAAUGUAUGUAAUUUAAAUUGCUCGAAUAAAAUCAAAUUUUAUAAUUAACCCCCUCUAAAAAAAAAAAAAAAAAAAAAUUAAAUCGGGAGCAAUGUUCUGUGUCAAAAGAAUUUUUUAUAAAACUUAUUGACUUUGAACUUAGUCGACUUUAGAAUUUUGAAAUAAAAUAAUUUUCAUAAAUAGGCUUUUGCUAAUUUAAUUCAAAAGAAAAUUCAAUUGUGAAAGAUGAAGACUAGAAAAGAAAGAAAUAAUAUUUGUUAUUGAAGAAAUGAGAUAAAGUUGUGACGAAUGUUUUUUUUUUUUUUUUUUUUUUUUUGGCUGUAAAAGAAAUAUAAUAACAAGAAAACACGUAAUAGAUAUUGCAGACACGCAAAUUUACAGUUAAAUAUAAUACGAAUCCGCAAUCGGUGGUACGAUAGUAAGAGAUGAUAAUUUUAUAUUUACAGAUAAAUGAAAAGAAGGUUGACCCUAACCUAAAAUUAGUUGUAUAAAUAAUAUUGUAUUAUGAAACUCCUCGCCUCCCUGCUCCGCGAUUAGAUAAAUUAGCAAAGCUACAAUUAUUUAAUAUCUGGCAUAAUAUUUAUAUAUAAAAAAAAUCUAUAUAUAUAUAAAUAUAAAUAUAUAUAUAUAUAUAUAUAUAAGAAGAUAGAGCAUGAAAAAUAAAAAAUAAAUGGAAAUGAAAAGAACAUGGACUUGGGACGCAAGGAAAAUUAUUGCUGGCCCAAGAAAAAUAUGAAGCUAUGUGAUCUAUUACAAUUAGUAGCUUUUAGCUGUAAAGUUAUACUUUAUUUUGUAAAUUUUGUUUAUAUGAUGUUUGAUUGUCGCAUAAUACUAUUGUAUGUGAAGAUAAGUUAAUAAAUGAUUAACAUGCGAAGUUA